UGUGAUGCGGAACGAAAGUAAACGAAGAGAAAGAAAUCCACUUAUCCAUUUUCGCUGAGAGCAUCUUCCUGAAUCAAAUAUUUCAUCAUAAACAAAUAAUUUCCAUAGCAGAAAACGGCCAUUUCCGCUGACUGAAGGAGUUUGCGUAAGCUUCUUCAAUGCUUUCCUCUUUCACUGCCCUGUGGCAACUCUUCAAUUGCAAACUACAAAAGAAAAGGGAGAAUUUACUCUAAAUUUGUCCUAUUAUGGACCCCAGUUUCUUUUUCCAUUACUCUUCUACUUAAACUCUUCUAUUCCCUCAAUCAAUCAUCAUUUUUUCUUCUACCUCUCUUCUACUCUGCCAAAUCAAUUAUCCUUCUCAAAAUGGGGGAUUCAAACACCCAGAUUCCUGAAUACGGAAAAAGUUUUAACCUUUUCAGAUACAAUUCACCGACCAUUCAGAUCGUUCUUAUUGGGUUGGUAUGCUUUUGCUGUCCCGGCAUGUUCAAUGCCCUCUCCGGCAUGGGUGGCGGUGGCCAAGUCAACUCCACCGCUUCCAAUAACGCCCUCACCGCCCUCUACACCACCUUCGCAGUCUUCGGUAUUCUCGGUGGCGGCAUCUACAACAUCCUCGGACCCCACCUCACCCUCUUCGCAGGUUGCUCCACCUACGUUCUCUACGCCGGCUCCUUCCUUUACUACAACCACUACCAGCACCAGUUCUUCGCCAUCACCGCCGGCGCCAUUCUGGGAAUCGGUGCCGGUCUCCUCUGGGCGGCGCAGGGCGCCAUCAUGACCUCCUACCCGCCAGAGAAUCGCAAAGGCACUUACAUUUCCCUCUUCUGGAGCAUUUUCAACAUGGGGGGUGUCAUCGGUGGUUUAAUUCCAUUCAUUUUGAAUUACAACCGUGGCGACGCUCCUGCCACCGUCAACGACGGAACCUACAUAGGGUUCAUGGCUUUUAUGUCCGCUGGGGCUGUUUUAUCGUUGACCAUUUUGCCAGCGAGCAAGGUUGUUCGAGACGAUGGCACCAGGUGCACUCACAUGGUGUACUCCAAUGUGACAACUGAAUCCUACGAAAUUCUCAAGCUUUUCUACAAUUGGAAGAUGCUUCUCAUCGUUCCCGCUGCUUGGUCGAGCAACUUCUUCUACACCUACCAGUUCAACCAUGUUAAUAAGCCACAGUUCAAUCUGAGGACCAGAGGGUUCAACAAUGUGUUCUAUUGGGGGGCGCAGAUGCUGGGUUCGGUUGCCAUUGGUUAUGUGAUGGAUUUCAGUUUCAAGAGUCGCAGGAAAAGAGGGGUUGUGGGAAUUUGUGUGGUUGCUCUUCUUGCGUCUGGUAUAUGGGGUGGUGCCCUUGCGAAUCAGAUCAAGCGUGACCUCGGUGUGAUCAUGGAUUUUAAGGACUCUGGUUCUCGCUAUGCUGGACCCUUUGUCUUGUAUUUCAGUUUUGGCUUGCUUGAUUCCAUGUUCCAAAGCAUGGUCUAUUGGGUUAUUGGGGCCCUCGCCAAUGAUUCUGAGAUUCUUAGCAGGUAUGCUGGGUUCUAUAAAGGCGUACAAAGUGCAGGAGCUGCAGUGGCAUGGCAAAUUGAUAACCAUAAGGUGUCAGGUAUGGCUCAGUUGAUUGUGAAUUGGGUGUUGACUAGUGUUAGCUAUCCCUUGUUGUUGGUUCUGGUUGUGUUGGCUGUGAAAGAGGACAACAAGGGAGAAGAGGAACAAGCAAAACAAGUUGCGCCUUCAUCGGUUGAAAAUGGCUCUGUCCGUUGAUAUCUUACAUGUAAAAACGAACUGCAUCUUUUGUCUUAUUUACGUUGUCUCAUCGUUACCGUGGUCAUCACUCUAAAACUUUUAAACGUUUGAAGAUUGGUUUGUACAUGUUCAUGGAACAAGCUUGUCAUGCGUCACACAAAAGUAAAAGGGACAGAUUAAUUUCUAA